CCCCUACCAUCACUCCCCAACUCCCUCCCAUCACCACCACCACCACCACCACCACCACCUCCACCUCCACCACCACCACCACCAAUGGAAGAACCUCUUCUCCUUCUCCAACUUCAAGAAUGCAAUCCCAAUCCCUCCACUUCCUACUCUUCCUCUUCCUCCUCCUCCAUCCCCAUCAAAGACCACCCCAAACCAAACAUUAAUGAAUUACCCACCAACAACCAAAACAACAAACUAAGCUCAUCUUCAUCAUCAUCAUCAUCAUCAUCAUCAUCACCAUCUUCUUCUUCUUCUUCUUCAUCCUCAUCAUCAUCAUGCAACAACAAAACUCGUCACAAUAACAAUAACAACAACAACAACAACAACAACAACAACAAGAAGCAUCCAACUUACCGAGGUGUACGCAUGCGCAACUGGGGGAAAUGGGUAUCAGAGAUACGUGAACCUCGGAAAAAAUCAAGAAUUUGGCUUGGCACGUUCCCAACUCCAGAAAUGGCCGCACGAGCUCAUGACGUCGCUGCUCUCACCAUCAAAGGCCAGUCUGCUUAUCUAAACUUCCCCGAACUCGCCUCCUUCCUCCCUCGCCCUGCCACCUCUUCCCCUAAAGACAUCCAGGCCGCCGCCGCCAAAGCUGCCAAUGCUACUAAGUUCACUGAAGUUAAUGAUGAUGAUCAUCAUGAUCAUCUCCUCUCUCCAACUACUGUCUCUACUACUUCUUCUUCUUCUUCUUCUUCUCCUCCUAACUCUUCUCCGGUCGACGACACUCUCUUCUUCGAUCUCCCGGACCUCAUUCUUGACUUGAGAGAUGGAUUUUAUUACUCCUCUUCUUCAUCUUCUUGGCUUGAAGAAACCUUCUCUUGUGAUCUUCAUCCUCUUCCUCAUCUUGGGACUUCUAUUAAUUAAUUAACAUGUAUUUUGUAUACUUCUUUGCUAAAUUUGGAAACUCCAUUCCAUUUGCUGCUGUUAUUAAUAUUAUUAUUAUUAUUGUUUUUUUA